AUGGAGGAUAAUAUCGCGGAUCCAAAGCACGACCUUGAGGCGCUCAGUCAAUUUACCUCCGGUCGUUGGCUUUGGAACGAGCGACAACAACUGCCUGUCGCUAUGUUAGCUACCUCCGCGAUCGGAUCACGAUCGUGCACCCAAGUGGUGAAGGUCUCGGAAGGUCAAUAUAACAAAGUCUUCCAACUCAUCAUGGACGAUGGCCGCGAGAUGAUUGCGGAACUUCCCAAUCCCAAUGCAGGCAGACCACACUGCACGACCGCCAGUGAGGUGAGGAACUUUCUGAGCCUCCCUGUUCCCAGAGUGUACGCCUGGAGUUCUCGAGCAUCCGAGAACUCUCUCGGAGCAGGGUAUAUCUUUAUGGAGAAGCAGGCCGGCGUGGUACUAUCCGAUGUGUGGGAUACCAUGAAAGGAAAGCAGAAGGUCCAGAUUGUGUACCAGGUUGUCGAUAUUGAACGGCGCCUCGCGGCCACACGGUUCUCCAAGCUCGGGUCCUUGUACUAUCAAGACGACCUUGCUAACAACUCCGAUGCUGCUGAUGCUACGUCACCGCUAUAUCUUGAUUCGACUGGGAACGGAGUGCGGAGCAAGACGUUUGGCAUUGGCCCGACUAAUCACCGUUCUUUCUUUGACUUGGGGAGAGGCGCAUUGGACAUUGAGCGUGGUCUGUGGUCAACCGCCCCCGGAAUCAUGGCGGCUGUUGCGCGGAGGGAGAUGGCAACUACAAAGGCAGGUCUCCGGUACCCCCUCAUGCCGGAAGGUCUUUUCCAUGGGCCCCGACAAUACCAGCCUAGUCUUGCCAAAAAGCUCUCCACGUUGGCCAACUAUCUUCAGGUAGCGCCUCGUGUUCUCCCGGCAAACAUGGCCACGCAUGCCUCCGUGUUAUGGCAUGGCGAUCUGCAUUCGCAGCACAUCAUGGUCGACCCCCAGGACCCCGGCCGCAUCGUGGGCAUCCUGGACUGGCAGUCCGUCAGUGCCCGCCCGCUUUUUAUGCAGGUGGGGCGACCGGCGUUUCUGGAUUACCACGGCCCCGUCCCCAAGAAUCUGGAGAAGAUCCCCUUGCCGCCCGGUUUCGACUCCAUGGGCCCCGACGAGCAGCAAAGGGCCAAGGCCCUCCAUCUGGCGCAGUCACUGCACAACCUCUACUUGGUCCGGUGUCUGCAGCGUCACGAAACAGUCUUCCACGCGAUACGGGCCCAGGAUACGCUCCGGCAUCAGGUCAGCGUGGUGCCGGGAUUGGUGCUGAUGGACUAUGAGCCGCUGCUGAGCAGCCUCCUGACGGAUGUCAAGAAGGACUCGCCGCGCACGCCCUUCCCAUUACGGUUUCUCGGACGAGGAACUCCGGCAGUGGGAGGAGGACAAGGUUACGUUCGUCAGACUUUGGCCAUGCUAGUGGUGGAACCUGUCAAGCCAAGGGAAGCGGACUUCGGAGUAUAUCUUGAGGAGGCUUUCUGA